AAUUUGCAGGACUUGGUUCAAUUUUUGAUCUUCCGGAGGUUGCUGUUGUUAUUGUGCGAAAAAAAAGAAAAAAACGUGACUGAGAUUAGGCGACGGGCGUGAUGAGCGCAAGAAGUGUGCGAACCCUCAUACGCAACUCAUCUGCAUUACUCAGUAUCGCUUAUGAAUAUGGGCGACCUUUUCCCUUUACUUUUAUUCAAAAUCGUCUUACUCGGCGUUCAAUUCGUGAUGACCAGGUGUUCGCGAGUCGUCCUGAACAAACACUUGCACCCAUGCGAUGUCAAAAAAAUAACAAGGCUUCACUUGUGAUCUUCGACAAGGAUGGCACUUUAAUCUGUUUUCAUUCUACAUGGGUUCCAUGGGCGAUAAAUGUAACCAAGAAGAUAAGUGAGACAAUAAAUAUGAACGUUAAAAAAGAAAUAUAUUCAUUAUUGGGCUUGCAUGAGCAAGAAGAACGUGUGCAAUCCGGACUUCUCGCUGAAGGAACCAUGGCACAGAUACGUGAUGCUAUUGCCCGCUUCUUGAUUAAUCGCGGAAUUGAAUCGGCUGAAGCUGUUAAACUUGUUAUGGCAGCAAUCCUAGAGUCGAAUGAAUCCAGUGGUUACAAUGUCAAAGAAAUUUUUGACUUACGUUCAUUAUUUCAGCAACUACAGGAAAACGGAAUCAAAAUAGCCAUUUGUACCUCAGACAGUCGGAAAGGAACCUUGACUACAUUACGACGCUUACGACUAGAAGAUUAUAUUGAUAUGGUAGUGUGUGGUGAUGAUGCUGGUUCCAUACCGAAACCGCAUCCUCAUAAUGCACUUUCCAUAUGCCGUACGUUAAAUGUUGAUCCACAAGACGCAAUUGUAGUAGGUGAUACUCUAGCUGAUAUGGGCAUGGGACGUUCUGCUAAUCUUGGUAGUACUGUUGGCGUACUUUCUGGUGUAUGUGACAUCAAUGAACUGCGGCCACAAGCUGAUCACAUUGUUCAUGACGUAGGCGAACUAUUACCUAUUGUGUUGGAUAUGAGGAGAUGGUCAUUAUCAUGAGUACUGAUAUUCGUCUUUGAUAGUUAUGCUCUUCUAACUGAAUUACAUUGAAAAUUCGUUGGAGCUUAUUUUAAGCAGUUGUCAUUAUAAACAUUACAUUAUAAAAAUUAUUAUCACUGCUGUCAUCUUUUAUUAGCAAUGCCAAGGACAUUAUCAUUCUAUCAUCACUAUUGCAUGUGACAGUAUAUCUCACUAUUGUAUGUGACAGUAUAUCGUUAUAAUUUUGAGAUGAUACUGGGUUCCACAUAUUUUUUUAUAGAGUUUUUCGAACCGGUAAAAAUCAUCUUAUGUGAAUAUUGCUGCACUUUGCAACAUCACUGAUAGCCAUAUGCUUGUUAGUUUAAUUUAUUACACUGGAUAGGGCCAUUUACUUAUCUGAGAUGACCAUUUGUUGAUGAAAAUAAUUACAAUAAACAAA